UUAAACAUGGCCAGCUAAUUUCAUGAAAGCACAACCAUCGUAUUCAACGCCUAUCCUCUUCUCCCUCACACCCAAAACUUCUUCUGCUGUAAACCAUACUUAAGAGCUGCAUUAAAUUCGUCUAAUUUUCCCAACAAAUGGGUGACAGAACUCUCGUUCCAAUUUUCGUCUUCUGGGCUUUCCUUACAAUGAUCACUCCCACACUCAUUCUUUUGUCAGAGAAUUCAAAGGCAGACCUCCAAUCAAAUGGAAAUAUAACUGAGGGAGUGAAACUAGGAAGAAUGAUUGUGCACACAGAAAAUUAUAUCAUAGAAACAGCAUCAAAGCCAGCCAAGUUUGAAGAGGAAUUAGCACCAGCUCCAGAACCAUUACCAAAUACUGCAAGAGUUACUCCAACUGUGUCACUCUCACAUCAGAAUCGUACUCUUAAACACAAUACAACCCAUGAUGUGCUUACUCUCUCUUCUCCCAGAACAAUACACUUCAAAGUCAAACAAACAGAUAUCAGAUAAACAACUACUCGGUUCUGCUUUGCAGGCUUUGGAUCUCAGAUUGUUGUGUCCUCAAACCUUGUGGAAGAAGAACAAUUUAAGUUGGUGAGAAACAGAAUUAAUUCAUUACAUAGUUACAUUGUAGAUAUCUACAUAUGUUCAUACCAUGAUUCUAAAUUGAUAUAAUUUGGUUCUUUCGCAAAGGCUGGUCCCAAGACCAAGUAAUCCCAUUGGAAAAUUUUAUAUGUUAGGGAAAUUCUGUUUAUGAAGUUAUGAAACGAUAGGAAGUGUCUAUCAUACCAUCAUGAGCAAUAACAUUUUAUAAAACUAAAAGGGGUAAUCAACAAAAUCUGUACUUGCACCGAUUAAUG